UCCUCGGCUUUUCAAAAAUUUGGCCCAAGGAAAACAACAUUUUUCAUAUAUCACGCGAGUUAACGCUGAGAAAAAGAAAAUUAGGGUUUUGUUGAGAGAUCUACGAAAUGGCCUUCGCUAAUCGACUCCGAUCUAGCCUCCCUCUCCAAGUCCUCGUUAGCAAGAUUCUCAGAUCGGAACCACUCUCCGCCGCAGCCACCCAGCGGGCUGUAGUUUGCCCUAGUCUGACAAAAAGUAAUAACAACUCCGAUGAGUUGUCGAGGAACUUUAAUUCUAUUGCCUCUAAGAAGGAAGAGAAGGUCAAGUUGCCUUUGGUUUUGUUUGGGGGGUAUGGAAAAUAUGCCUCUGCGUUGUACAUUGCUGCAGCGAAAACUGAUUCCUUGGACAAAGUCGAGUCUGAGAUUCUCGAUUUUGUUCAGUCUAUCAAGAAAACUCCUGAGCUUUCUCAGUUUACCAAGGAUCCGACGGUGCCUGCUCGUUCUAGAGUGAAGGCGACGGCGGAGAUUUCUGAAAAGGUUGAACAUUCAGAUAUUACAAAGAACUUCUUGGCUGUGUUGGCUGAACAUGGAGGGCUAAAUCACGUUGAAGCCAUUGCAAAGAAAUUUGUGGAGUUGACUAUGGCGCAUAAGGGAAUAGUGGAAGUUAAUGUGACUUCUGUGAUUCCCCUCCCUGCUGAAGAGGAGAAAGAAUUGAAGGAGACAAUGCAGGAGAUACUUGGACAAGGGAAGACAGUGAAGCUUGAACAGAAGAUAGAUCCGGGGAUUCUGGGAGGGCUUGUGGUAGAGUUUCAACAGAAGAUGGUGGACAUGUCCAUCAAGACUAGGGCACGUCAGAUGGAGAGGUACUUGCAGGAUCCCAAACACUGGGGUGACCUCCUCCUCUAAAUGGUCCGUAUCAGUACGUUGUUGUCGCACAGCUUAUGAAGGUAAGGAAUAUUGUUAGUUUUGAUGCGUGCUUUGAACCCUGUUAAAAAUAAUCGGUUUUCCCAUUUGUUUUCAAAUAAAGCUUAUUUUACCAUGUUGAAGUUUA